AGCUGUGCUUUUUAUUUUUUUUUUUUCUUUUUUUCCAUCCCCCCUCCUCCCUCCCUGGCUGCCUCAGCCGAGCACUCGGUGUUCUCUGGGGCCGGAAACGCAGCGCGAGAGGGAUCAGCCCUUAUCAGCUCCGAGCUGCACCGAGAAGAAAGUUCUUAGAAGUCGCUCGUGUACGGCGUCAUGCACAGGGCUGGUGACACCGCGGUGGCUCCGGCAGCCCCGGGCCCGCUGGUGACAGUGAUUGCAGCUGUGCUGUGCUGCAAUCACUGUCACCGGGCUGCCGUGAGGCGCCGCGCCGGCGCCGGGGCUUUGAUCCCGAAGGAAUUUGAUUUUUCUGCCACCUUUGGAACGCAGCUGUGCCCUGUGCAAAGUCCUGUGUGGAGAAGGUGAAAGGAUCUCUCGUCCUGGCCACUUUCCCACACGGGAGUUGUGACGUCCAGCGUGACCCUGAGCGGGUUUUAUCAACACCCCAACCACAGCGCUGGGGUCGGCUUCUCCGGAAACGGGGAAAUUCCAGGAAAAGGGAGUUCGGCGAAGCCCCCUGCGUCUCUCGGCGUGGAGAGCGCAGCUGGAGCGUGAAGGGAGAAGGAAAUGAUGCAGCACAGAGAUAGGGUGCCCGAAAAACCAGGCUGGCUUCGGGGAAGUGCCUACCACAGGCACGGUGCCCCCGCUGCCGGGGCGCCGCACCUGACCGCAAGAUGCCCUGCUCGAUGCGGCCGGUACCGGGAAAGGGAGUUCUCAGUAACCAAAAGUGCACACUCAACACGCCAAGGGUUCACCCACGGGCUCCUUCUCGGCAAGAGGAGCCCCAGCAGCACUGCAGGGAUGGGUAAUGCCCGCUGCUGCCCGGCUCUGUGUGCUCAGGAUGCUCAGGAUGGGGUGGAAUGCUGAGGAUGUUACUGGCGUUGCUCUGGCUCAGCCCAAACUCCACCAGCUUCCACAUGGAGAUUCUCCCCACUGAAUCUCCAGCAAGGAUAUUUGGGGUUGAUGGUGUUUUUCACAGAAAAGCUCCUCCCAGCUGGCCCACCUGUGCCAGGAACACUCUCCCCAGGAAGCUGCGAGCUGCUGCCAUAAGGAGCACGUCUGGAUGCUCAGGGGACACUGAGGCUGCUGGCGGAGCUUUUCCCACUCAGGCGCAGACCACUCAACUGGAGACCUCCUGGCAGCAGCAAGCACCAUCCUGGGCUCCAUUCUGGCUUUGGGGAACUGGAGCCUGGAGGUUCCCCGACUCUCAAAGAGGAACACAGGAGGUGAUUCCCGCUGCUGUGCCAGCCCAACAUCCCCCACACCUCCCAAAAAAACCCUCUCUGCCCACGGCAAAGCCCCGCCAGCAUCCUCCACCCGGCACACAAAGGCGUCUCCAGGACACCCUGUCUCCGAGCAUCCCGCGGGCCGUGGCGGGGGACGGAGCUGUCCCCGAGGGGAGCGUGCCCAGCGGUGACAAGAGGCACCGUUGUGCCGGCCUGAAGCGCUGCCUCGGGGGCCACAAAGGUCCCUCUGUUCCCGUCGGGGGCGGCUGCGAGCGCCGGCGAACGGCCACGGGAGAAAACACAGCCCCGACCCCGGAGCGCCCUGAGCCCCGAUUUCCUUCCGAAUUAAUCCGGGGUGCUGCAAAAGAGCACCCCAAGAGCCGCGGGGUGGGAUUUGGGGGGUCCAGGAACCGCCAGCCGUGCCUGGAGCUGGUGGUUUCUCUGUUCUUUGAUCAUCCUCCCUGCUCUGAAUGAGCCAACAUUCCCAAACUCCCCAAACCUCUGCAAAACCCCAAAAACCUUGCAACGACCCCCAAAACCCUGCAAACACCCAAAACCCCACAAAGCCCCCCAAAAUCCCACAAAGCCCCCCAAAACCGGCCACCCCAGCAGCUCACAGCAGGGCUGAGGGUAAUGGGGGCUGUAAACAUGAUCUGUAAACAGUCAGCUUUCAGCAGACCCUUGAUUUUUUUUUUUUUUUAAUUUAUUUUAUGCCAGAUUCGGUUCCAGCGUGGGCUGCUUUAAUAAUUUCCUGGAAUAAAUAACGAGCAUGGAAAGUAAACAAGGUGUCUGCGUGCAAGUGGGAGCUGCUGCAGCCAGGACUGAGUCACCCCAAACCCCAGCCCCACAGGAAUGAGGGGGUCCAGCACAGACUCUGCAGGCUCCCCAUAGUCCCUGGGGUGUCCUGGGGUUUUUCCCAAGGUUUUGCAUCACCCAGGAUGAUGGAAAAGGUUCAAAAGACCACGUGGGAGCAUUCAAUCCCACUGGAUGGGUAAUUUCAUUCCUGCCCCUUGCCCGGAGCUGGAGGAAGCGAGUUUGCCCAAAAUGCUAAUUUUUAACACAAUCCCAGAAUGACAUUGAACAUCACAGAGCCCAUCACAGACACCGGAGUUGGGACCUGCCUGGUGGGAAGGAGCAGGGUCCACCCCAGCUGAGCCCCCACCAGGGCUGGGAUGAAUCCUUGAAUCCUUCCAGA